AUGGCUGAGGCAGGCAUUGUUGCUGGAGGUGUAAUGGAUGUCAAUACUGCUUUGCAAGAAGUGCUGAAGACCGCCCUCAUCCACAAUGUCAUAACAUAUGGCAUAUGUAUAGCUGCCAAAGCCUUCCACAAGUGUCUAGCCCAUCUUUGUGUGCUGGCAUCCAAUUGUAAUGAGUUGGCUGAGGUACUCUGUGCUAAGCACCAGAUCAACCUUAUUAAGACCCUGGAAGAAUGAGUAGGCUUAACAAUUGAUUGAGAGGGGGAGCUGUGCAAAAUGGUUGGUUGCAGUUGGGUAGUGGUUAAGGACUAUGGCAAAGAAUUGCAGGCCAAGGAUGUCAUUGAAGAGUACUUCAAAUACAAGAAAUGA